AAUUUCGGAUCGAUCGUCACUAGUAUUAUUGUAAUCUGUCAGUUCGAUCAGUGAUCUUCAAACAAUUUACGAGUAUAUUAUCAUACAUCAAAUAAACUUAUCCACACAAUGGCGGCCAAAGUCUUAAUCAUUGCCUGUUUGGCCGUUCAAGCCAACAUCAUUGCUGGAUUAGAUUGCUCACCUUCAUAUUCGUCCGGAUAUGAACAGAAGGAAUAUUCUCCACCAUCGCAUUCAUCUUCUUCAUACUCAGCUCCGUCAUAUGGCCCCAAGCCUCAGUCAUAUUCUGCUCCACAAGCAUACUCUUCUCCUUCUUCAUACUCAGCUCCAUCAUAUUCUUCUCCAGCAUAUGGUAAAUCACAAGCUUACUCUUCUCCCUCUUCAUACUCAGCACCAUCACACUCUGCUCCAUCAUACUCAGCACAAUCACACUCUGCUCCAUCAUACUCUGCCCCAGCCUACAAGCCAGCUUACUCUGCGCCAGCAUACACUGCACCCGCACACUCUGCACCAGCUUACUCUGCACCAGCCUACGCAGCACCAGCAUAUUCUGCCCCAGCCUACAAGCCAGCUUACUCCGCACCAUCAUACUCUGCACCAGCUUACUCUGCACCCGCACACUCUGCCCCAUCUCACUCUGCUCCAGCCUAUGGUAAGCAAUCAUCUUACUCUGCUCCGUCUGCGGCCUAUGAACAACCAAAGUACCCUGUAUCCCAAUACUCAGCUCCUUCAUACGAAGCUAAGCCACAAUCAUAUUCAGCUCCCACUCCAUCAUACAACAAACAACCGUACCAAUCCUCAUCGGCCUACCCGUCUUACCCAAGCCAAAAAGCUCAUGCUGAAGAGUCUUACGCACCAAGACCGUAUAAAUUUGAAUACAGCGUAAAUGACGAACAUACAUAUGACAUCAAAAGCCAAAAGGAAGAAAGUGACGGACAUCAAGUAAAAGGAUACUACACUUUGUUGGAAGCUGAUGGUUCCCGUAGAACUGUCGAGUACACCGCAGAUGAAAAUGGAUUCAACGCUGACGUGAAAAAAGAAGAAGCUCAAGGUUACAACAAAGCAGCUCCAGCUUACAACAAGGACUCCCAAGCAUAUAAAUCUGCACCAGCUGCUUACAGCGCACCCUCAUACAACAAACAAGAAUCGUCAUAUGGUGCACAACCUUCUUAUAACGCACCUGCGUACAACAAACAAGAAUCGUCAUACGGUGCUCCAGCCAAACAAUCUCAAGAAUACGAAGCACCAUCGUACACCGAAAACCGCGUGGCCGACGUAAUAUUGUCCCAUCUGACGAAGUGCUGUGAACUGGUCCGAACACGAGAAACAGAACAUACCAUGGCGUUCACUAUUUUUGCAGUCUCGGCAUGUUUAUUAUUGUCCGUCGCCAACGUCACCCCCAUUUCCGUACCAUCGUACCCAUCGCCAUCGAGCUCGUCGGCUCCAUCAUACUCCCCAGCUCCAGCAUACUCGCCAGCUCCAUCAUACAGUUCAGCUCCGUCAUACAGCCCCGCUCCAGCCUACAAGCCAGCUCCGUCGUAUAGCACAGCUACAGCCUACAAACCAGCCCCAGCAUACAAGCCAGCCCCAGCAUACAAACCAGCGCCGUCUUACUCCUCACCGUCUUACUCUGCACCAUCUUACUCUGCACCAUCUUACUCUGCACCAUCUUACUCUGCACCGUCAUACUCUGCACCGUCAUACUCUGCACCAUCUUACUCCGCACCGUCUUACUCUGCUCCGUCAUACUCAGCACCAGCACCGUACAAAUCGCAAGAACCCGAGUACCCAGCCAAGCCAUACAGCUUUGACUACUCUGUCAACGACUACCAAACUGGAGAUGUCAAAAGCCAAGCCGAAUACAGUGACGGCAAGAACGUGAAAGGUUACUACAGCCUAAUCGAGGCCGACGGAACCAAAAGGAUCGUCGAAUACACCGCUGACGAAUACGGUUUCAACGCUGUCGUCAAGAAGGAAGGCACCCCAUCGUACGCCCCAGCCGCUCCGGCUUACAAGGCCCCAGCGUACCCAGCAGCCCCGGCUUACCCAGCAGCUCCAGCUUACUCUGCGGCCCCAGCUUACCCAGUAGCCCCAGCUUACCCAGCGGCCCCCUCUUACCCUACCCCCGCAUACUUCAAAAACCAUCAACUACCAAAAUACAAAAUGGCCGUCAAGAUGAUCAUUUUCGCCGCCUGCGUGGCCACCGCUCUCGCCCAAUACGCCGCACCCGCUUACAAGCCAGCGUACUCAGCGCCCGCUUACUCAGCACCGAAGGCUUACGCCCCGGAACCCGCCUACGCACCCACACCGUACAACUUCGAGUACAGCGUAAACGACCCACACACCUACGAUGUCAAGAGCCAACAAGAGUACAGCGACGGUAACGGAUACGUCAAGGGAUCCUACAGCCUUUUGGAAGCCGACGGUUCCACCCGCACCGUCGAGUACACCGCCGACGACUACAACGGUUUCAACGCCGAAGUCAAGAACUCCGCCCCUGCCUACAAGCCAGCUUACUCUGCACCAGCUUACUCUGCACCAGCCUACUCUGCACCAGCUUACUCUGCACCAGCUUACUCUGCACCAGCUUACGCAGCACCAGCAUACUCUGCCCCAGCCUACAAGCCCGCUUACUCAGCGCCAGCUUACUCAGCACCAAAGGCUUACGCCCCAGAACCCGCCUACGCCCCAGCCCCAUACAGCUUCGAAUACAGCGUAAACGACCCACACACCUACGAUGUCAAGAGCCAAUCCGAAUACGCUGACGGCAACGGUUACGUCAAGGGAUCCUACAGCCUCUUGGAAGCCGAUGGUUCCACCCGUACCGUCGAAUACACCGCUGACGACUACAACGGAUUCAACGCCGUCGUCAAGAACUCCGCCCCAGCUGCCUACAAGCCAGCUUACUCUGCACCAGCAUACUCUGCACCAGCCUACGCUGCACCAGCAUACUCUGCACCAGCCUACGCCGCACCAGCUUACUCUGCACCAGCUUACUCUGCACCAGCCUACUCUGCACCGGCCUACAAGCCAGCAUACAAACCAGCAUACUAAUAACUUAUUUUGUCAUGUGAACCAACUCUUCUUUUCCUCUUUAUUUCAUGUCACUGACAUGAAGUAUUCAUUAUUCACCAACUAUUUAUAUCAUCGU